AUGACCUUCACUAUCCGCGAAUCUGUCCCCUCGUCCCGCCUGGACGGCAAGGUGGCCAUUGUGACGGGUGGCGGCCGCGGUAUCGGGCGCGGCAUUGCCGUCGAGCUGGGCAAACGGGGCGCGAGCGUCGUGGUCAACUAUUCGCUCAGCGUGAAGCCGGCGAACGAGGUUGUGUCGGAAAUCAUGGCUCAGGGGGCCGACGCCGUCGCCAUCCAGGCCGACAUAUCCCAACCGGAGCAGAUCACGCGGCUGUUCGAGCAGGCGCAGGAGCACUUUGGCGGCGUCGACAUUGUGAUCUCCAACGCCGGAAUGGAGCACUUCGGGGCCGUCGAUCAGGUCACACCGAAAGCGUUCGACGAGGUCUUCGGUCUCAACACGCGGGGCCAGUUCUUCGUGGCUCAGAACGCGCACCGCUUCCUCCGGCCGGGGGGGCGACUGGUGCUAACGUCGUCGAUCUCGGCGCACGUGGGCAUGAAGGAACACGCGCUAUAUGCAGGCAGCAAGGCGGCCGUGGAGGCUUUCGCGCGCUGCCUGGUCCGCGAAUUCGGGCCACGCCGGGUCACCGUCAACGUCGUGGCCCCCGGCGGCGUCGACACGGACAUGGCCGCCGAGGCCGGCUGGAAGUACAUCCCCGGUGCGGACCCGUCGUGGACCGCAGCCGAUAUCUCGCGUUGGGUCGCGGCGCGGAAUCCCCUGGAGCGCACGGGCAAGCCGAACGACAUUGCCCGUGUGGUGGCGUUUUUGGCCAGCGAGGAUGGCGGGUGGAUCAAUGUGUGA